AAAGUUUUAAAACUCAACAGGAAGACCAAUAUUUAUACGUAUUUCGUUAUUUCCAUAAUCUUCUUUUUUCUUUUUUGUUACAAAUUUUUUAUCGAAAAAGUUCAUAAACAACAUGGCUUUGAAGCGUAUUAACAAGGAACUCAAAGAUCUUGAACGUGAUCCCCCUUCUUCUUGCUCUGCUGGUCCUAUUGGUGACGACUUGUUCCACUGGCAAGCUACUAUUAUGGGUCCCGAAGAUAGCCCCUAUCAAGGCGGUGUCUUUUUCUUGUCUAUUCACUUCCCCACUGAUUAUCCUUUCAAGCCCCCCAAGAUUAACUUUACUACCAAGAUUUAUCAUCCCAAUAUCAACAGCAAUGGUAGCAUUUGUUUAGACAUUUUGAAGGAUCAAUGGUCACCCGCACUUACAAUCUCAAAGGUUCUUCUUUCUGUUUGUUCUCUUCUUACAGAUCCUAACCCUGACGAUCCUCUUGUUCCUGAAUUGGCUCACAUUUACAAGACUGACCGUUCUCGUUAUGAAGCUACUGCUAGAGAUUGGACCAGAAAAUAUGCCACUUAAACAAAAAAAGAAAAAGUAAAUAAAGAAAAGGAUUGUGUAUUUGUAUUUUACGUUCAAUAAAUAGAAAUUGCAAUUGCAUACUUUUUUUCUUG